GUAAUGAAAUAACAAGUAUCUAUAUAUAUAGUGAAACUGCCACUGCUGGGUACUGUUUUUUCUUAACAACAACAUAAUUGAAGUAUGUUUAGUAUAUGUAUACGCUAUAUUGUAUAUAUUUGACUUUGAAUAUUUUGUCCUGAUUAGCAUACUUAAAUAUGGGUUCAACUACCAAUGAGCGUACAUCGGUGGCAGGUUUUUUUGAAGGAAAAUCUGUUUUUAUUACUGGAGUAACAGGAUUUCUCGGAAAGGCACUCUUGGAAAAGCUGCUGUACAGCUGCAUAGGCAUUGACAAGAUUUACGUUUUGAUGCGCCCUAAAAAAGGACUCAGUCUAACCGAAAGAGUACAGAACAUCAGUAAUAGCUUAGUGUUUCAAAGGUUAAAGAGCAACAGACCGGAAGAUAUGAACAAAAUCAUCCCCGUAACGGGCGAUCUGAGUGCACCCGGCUUAGGUCUCAGCGCCAAAGAUGAAGAGGAUUUGCUCAAUAACGUGUCGGUGGUAUUCCACUCCGCAGCCACGGUAAAAAUGAACGAGCCACUCCGAGUCGCUCUGGCCGUCAACCUGGAGGGCACCAUCAAAGUGCUGGCACUGUGCAAACGCAUGCGAAACAUACGUGCAUUUGUCUACGUAUCCACAGCCUACACCAACACGGACCAGCAAGUGGUGGAGGAGAGGGUUUACCCCCCUCCAGCGAAUAUCGACGCGGUCUAUAAGUUCCUCAGAGAGCACGGCGACGACAAGGAAGCAACCAAAAUAUUUCUGAAUGGACGGCCAAACACUUACUCUUUCAGCAAAUCCCUAGCUGAAGCGUACCUAGCAGAACACCACGGAGAUGUGCCCACAGUCAUUUUGAGGCCAUCUAUUGUAGGAGCAGCGCGUAGUGAACCGCUGGCAGGUUGGGUGGACGCGUGGCAAGGCAAUACUAUACUACAGACUAAUGUGGCGAGAGGCUUCCUCCGGGUCCUUUUUUGUGACGCGAAAGUAGUUGCUGAUCUAAUUCCGCUGGAUUGCGUGGUCAAUAUGGCUAUCGUGUCCGUCGUUCACUCUAAACAAGGCAAGGUGUCGGUCUACAAUUGCUGUACAAGCGAAGUCAACCCAAUGACAUGGAGAAUGAUGUCCGAAUUAUUUCUCAGGGCGAGCAAGGCAGAUAAUUUUCAUAAGGUGCCAUUCCCGGGAGUAGUGAUGACCAGAUCUCCUGUAAAGUUAGCGGUAGGCAGUUUCUGCCUCAUGACUGUACCAGCUUAUGUCUUGGACGCGUGGCGAAUGGUCAAAAGGAAACCAAGCAAGUACAGACGGCUCAACAGACAGUUGUAUAUCCUCCAGGAUAACAUAAAGUUCUUCACAACGCACAACUGGGUGAUGCGGAGCGCCGGCGCGUGCGCGCUGGCGGAGGCGCUGACCGACGCCGACGCGCGCCUCUUCCCCUGCCACCCCGCGCAUGUGCACUGGCCCUCCUACAUGGCCGUCUACUACAGGGGUAUCAAAGAGUUUUUAUGUGGUGGCAAAAAAUAACGUAUUUGCUGGUAUAUAUGUUUGAGCUGUUCAAAGUUUAUUUACUGAUAAUUUAUUUAAAAACCGAAAUAAAUGUCAUAUACGAAGGUAAGAGUGAUCAAGGCCUGCAGUGCCCAGGGCUGGAAUCGAACCAGCGUCCUCUGCAAUCGCAGCAGAUCCCGCGGUCACGGCGGCAUGGGCCGAAUUUUUCCAAGUAUGUACAUAUAUAUAUGCAAUUUGUUGCGGGAGGGGGCUUGUGGCGCUCCCUGGCCAUCCCUAUCAUGCAGUAUCAGUAUGGUUCUAACCGAAUACAUUCAGGUGACUUUUAUGAAAUAAAGUAUUUUGUAUUUGUAAUUGUAAAAUGUAUUAAAUCUGACCAGUCAUUUGUACUUAUGUUUUAUUGUGCAAUAGUUAAAUUAUGUGUGUUACCUCAGAACUUCGUCAUUUCUCAACUACAUAUACGUAGAUAUACUUAUGUAUGUACAUAUACUUACAGAUUGGUCCCAUUUUUGUCAAAAUCUAGUUCUGAUGAUUGGAUCCAAGAGGAAUCGAGGAAACUCCUCAAAUCUUAUAGGAGUACAUAGGUAUUGUUAUUUUUGUAUUUUCAAGGAUGCAUUUACAUUCAGAAAAGUGACAUUUAAUGAAGUGGAACUCCUGAUGAAGACCAGAACGGAACACCACAACGACACACGUAUUUCACGUUUGGCGACAUGUCUUUUACGUCAUCAAGUUAUGUUUUUAACGAACAUUUUUAUCAAGGUCGAGUUCUGAUGAUGAGGAUGUAUUAGGAUGUUCCAUGAGGAUUUAGCGAUUAAGGAUUACUUAUAGCGGGUUUUUUUUUAUCAUUAAUAAACCAAGCAUUUGAGCCGUUGACCACGCUAGUCGUGCCAGCUGCAUUGCUGAGUGGAGACCAUUUCGGCUUCACAUCUCUAUUUCUACUGUUUUGUUUAUCUUUGUCUUGUAUUUGCUAUCAUCAUCAUCAUCAUCAUGUCAGCCGAUAGACGUCCACUGCUGGACAUAGGCCUCCCCCAAGGCUCGCCACUCCAACCGAUCCUGUGCCGCUCGCAACCACCGAAUUCCCACGACCUUCACCAGGUCGUCGCUCCAUCUUGUUGGAGGCCUACCGGCAGUUCGUCUUCCGGUACGCGGACGCCACUCCAGAACCUUCCGGCCCCACCGGCCAUCAGUUCUGCGAGCAAUGUGCCCGCCCACUGCCACUUAAGGUUUGCAAUUCUGCGAGCUAUGUCGGUGACCCUAGUUCUACUGCGGAUAUCAUCAUUUUUGACUCUAUCACGCAGAGAAACCCCGAGCAGAGCUCUCUCCAUUGCCCUUUGCGUGACCUUGAGCCUUCUUAUGAGGCCCAUUGUUAGCGCCCACGUCUCAGAUCCGUAUGUCAUCACUGGCAACACACACUGGUCAAAGACUUUUGACUUAAGACACUGCGGCAAUUUGGACGAAAAAAUACUGUGGAGCUUCCCGAACGCUGCCCAACCGAGUCGGAUUCGACGAGUGACCUCUUUCUCGACUGGACUCUUGGACUGUUUGUCCUAGGUAUUUGCUAUAUAUGUGUUGUAUUGAUGUGUUGUCUGAAUAAAUGAUUUCUAUUCUAUUCUAUUCAUUUGCAUUUCAAGGGUGAAAUGGAACUGCUUAGGAAGACUAGAAAGGAAUUCCUACACGACAAAUAUUUUAGGUUUUGGGGAUAAUUGUAAUUGUUAUAAACUUAUAACAUGCACUAUGCUUAGUAGUAAAUCAUACUAAAGACAUUUCAAACUGUUUUCUGUAGUCGGUUUUUUUUAUUACAACCUUUUUACUCGUAUUAUUACAAGCUUUUAUUUAACUUGCCGUGUAUUAACUUAGUUACUGUAGGUCAAAUCUGAAGCUAAAUUUAACCCACUUUCCGAUGUCCGAUUGAGCUGAAAUUUUGCAUACAUGAGCUGAUCUGAUGAUGGAGACAGGAGGUGGUCAUGGGAACUCUGUGAUGAAACAACGCAAACUAAUUGUGCUUUGGUUAUUUGAAUUGUCUCGAUUGAGUAUUAGUGGAAAGAAAAGUACAGUCCGCGAUAAAAGCUAGUGCAAAAAUCAUUUUUUUGCCUAAAACUUUCUAUUAAAAAUUAUAUUUAGUUAGUAGGCAGGUAUCAUUGAAAAAAAAAUGAGGCUUUUGCAUUUGUAGUAACAAUAGGAAUCUUUCUCUAGUAGUCUAGUAGAUCUACAUGACUACCACGAGUUGACAUUUGACAUUUACGUCAGCGUCUGCGUGAACUCGAUCGCAUUCCCUCUCUAUCGCACCAGUACAUCAGUAUGAGCGAGAUGGACUGCGAUAUAGUUUACGCAGUCGCUAACGUAAACGUCAAAUGUUAACUGGUGGUACCUCUACUCAUAUAAAUCAAAACCGUUACCCGAAGUCUUACCUUAAAACCGGCCAAGUGCGGCCAAGGACUCGCGUUCCAAGGGUUCCGUACAUAACACAAUUUAAACAAUGUAUUAUAAUUGUCUUUAAAAAACCCGUAGGGGUCGGAUCAAAAACUCACGCUUGACUGCACAUUUCUAAUAGGUUUUCCGGUGAUCUAUAGGUAAAGAUACGGUACGGUACGGUACGGUACGGUACGGUCCGGUCCGGUCCGGUCCGGUCCGGUCUCGUCUCGUAUCGUAUCUUAUCGUAUCGUACAUAUUAUAAUACUUUUUUUUUCUGUUUAUUCUGAGUAAUUCGAAAUACAUUUUAACCUUUAAUAUGUUCUCACUACUGAGGUGAAAAAUUAUGUGUGCAACACGAGAGCAGUUAUUUUACAUCUCGUGUUUUUGAGUCCCUCGCUACGCUCAAGAUUCUACCUUAGAAUCACUCGCUUCGCUCGUGAUUCAAUGAUAGAAUCUUUCCCUUUCUCGGGAGUCAAAAUAAACACUCGCAAGAAAAACCAACUUUCCUCUCUUGUUGCACAAAUAACUAUUGUUUACGUUACAUAACCAUCUUUGGGUCACAAACUUACAUAUGUGUACCAAAUUUCAACUUAAUUGCUCCAGUAUUAGUGUCGGAGAAAAUAGGCUGUGACAGACGGACAGACAGACAGACAGACGCACGAGUGAUCCUAUAAGGGUUCCGUUUUUUCCUUUUGAGGUACGGAACCCUAAAAAGUGUUACCCGACAUGUUAGAUUAGACCGUUAUUAUCUGCAUGACAAAGCAAACCGUUACAGGUUACAUUACAGUACAAGGGACAUUAGGGCUAACUGCUGCUAUUCUAUUGCGGGUGGAAAGGGUUGGCGGUCAAAAAAAUGCCUGGUAUAUUGUGGUUAUUUCGUUUGUGUACCAUUGCCGUAAUCAACAUUCGAACAGAUUAAUACGUAUUUAUGUUGGUGCUCUAUUGGACUUAAUUAUCGUAAAGCACAGACAGAUAGAUUCAACGAGUAGUGUUUGGCGCAAAGGAUGCUAUGUGGAUGAUACUUUAAAGCAUUAGACGGAGAGCCAGUCCCGGAUAAAUUGACAUGUACAUGAUAAUGAGAGCAACGGAACUUGACAAUUUAGUUUGUUAUACUAUCCUUAUUACUGGAUCCAGAUGUCAGAAUGACAGGCUAGCAAGACUUUUCAGUUGGAAAAAAGCAAUGUGUGUUGUUUUAUCAUGGCCAACUAUUCCAAUAAAAAAUGCUACUCUUGUUAAGGUUGUAUUUGUAUUUGUAUAGUUUUUGAUACUUAUUUAUUGUCUAUGUUUAGUUUUAAGUUCUUUUUCUAGAACUCUAUUUUUAAACCCUUGACGUAUGUCUGUAAUUCAUGUUUUUAUGUCAGUACUUUAUUAAACCUGGUGCGAAUAAGUCAA